CUUGUUUAGUGCCUUGUACGUAAUGUUGUGGUCGAAAUAUAUUUUCAUCAGUUAGCCAUGCACAUACUUUGGUUUAGAAAUUAAGUUACUCUUGUCAGAUGGUACAUUUUGGCCCCCACGUUUUUUUAUGUGUUGUGAAUUCGUGUGAUAUCCUGUCCACUUUUGCAUUCCUCUUCGUUCUAUACUUGGAAGUUGGAAUUGAAACAUUUUUAAUAAAAUGUUCAAUUGAUUGAUUGUAAUUUUAUAAAGAAAGCUCAACAAGUCUUUGCUCCAUUUAUGUAGGAUGGUAUUGGAAUGCAUAGAAUGGAUUUUUCACACAUGGAAUGACUAUAUUCAGAGGAGGAAAGUUGGAUAUAUUCCUAAAGAAAUUGUUUUCGAAAUACUGAGUAGGCUUCCGGCAGAUGAAGUUCUCAAAUGUCAACGGGUCUCCAAAGAAUGGAAGGAAAUUAUCGUCCACUCUCCUCUAUUCUCUCAAACCCAACUCUCAAGAGCUUCUCCAAUUAUCCUUGUACAAUACGUAUGUCCGUUUUUAGGUGCGGGCAAAAUGCAAUUAUAUUUUCUUGAUGAAGGUGCCAAAAAGAAGGAUAAGAUGAUGGAAAAUGUGUACACUAAGCCCACACUCAGCGUGCUAAAGGU